CGUGCCUUGACUGUAUGAUACAGAGUGGUAGAUACAACAUUUUGUUUCCCUAUGAAGUUAGAUAUAAUAAACUACGUAUCAUAUUAAUGGAUUUAUAAAGAUUAUUGCAUUUGAGUUUCCGCUCUCGGAAAAAUUAAAUAUUCAUCUAAUCGUCGGAAAUAAGAAAGAUGGAGAAACGGCAGGAAAUACUGGCUCCUUUUUCUUCUGAUGAGUGUCCAAACAGUGGGGAAGAUAGUGAAGAAGAUGUAAUAACUGACUAUUUGGGAUCAUCGCAUUCUGAUUGCGAUCGUAUACCUAUUAUUAAUGGAGAUCUUGGCAGUUUAAAUCUACAUGGGAAUAUAAUUACUGAGACCAGUUACACCAAAGACAAUACAGAGAAAACGGCUAUUACCAUGUCUGAAGGGACUGAUGAACAACAACAGCAGCACUCACUGCUUACACUUGGCACUAAUAGUCAAGCUCAGACUAAUCCUUUGGUGCCAAUUAUCAGUGUCACACCUCAUUCACCUGGUCUUGCUAAAAACUAUCCUGUUUUGGAGGACAACUUGCAACAUCUGCAUGAAAUCCAUGAUUGUAUUCAGCGUAUGAGAGAUUUAACGCUGAACAACUGGGGAUAUAAUCAUCGUACAUCCCACAAUGAUGUACCUCAACGGUUAACUUCAUCAUGCCCUUCCCUAUGUCCUUUAAUUUUACCUGAAAUUGCACCACGCUCAAGUAAUAAUGAUACAGGAUCUGAUCCUGACGUCCUUGCUAACUGUUCCACCAACAGCUCUCCCACACAUUUUCCAUCAGUAGGUCCUCAUUCACAGAAUGCACAAGGUAUUGAUAGGAGACGCAGUUGGACUGAUUUGGAAGAUACUCGAUGUGGCCGUCGCAGAUAUUCUGGGCAAAAUCAUCUACAAGCACAAAAUAUGCGACAACGCAGUAUUAGUUUAAGUAGUCUAGACAGUGAAAUGGACAUAGAAUUACAUGGAAAAUCUUGUACCAGACCUGUAGGUGUUAGCAGUCGAGCAUGCAGAUCACAAGCAAGUACUCAUUCUCUUAAUGAAGCUGAUCUUGUACAGAGUGAAUAUCAGAAAAUAGUCACAAAACGAUUCAAAGGUAGUCAAAGAUUAGCAGACAGUUGUGGUUUAAUGCCUGGCCUUACAGGUUCUCGUUUACCUCUUCAGAAAUCUAUUUCAACGCCUUCAAUUGUUACACCUCAAGUUAAUGCUCAUUUAGUAGAAACUGUAACUAGGACAACACCAUCACUUACAGCCCGACGUGAAAGAAACGAAAAGGGUAGUGGAAGUGAGACUGAAACUGAAGAUCUCCAUAUACCAAACAGCCAUGAAUUCCAUGAAGAUAGAGAAGGCACUCCAAAUACACAGAUAUCCCUUGAUGAGUUACUCACUGAUGGAGCUGCAUAUGAUGAUCAUCAUUCUGAAAAAACUAGAAGAAAACGUGGUUCUAUUUUUUUCCGCAAGAAAAAGGAUAAAAGUGGUAAAAAGACUAGUCAGCAACAGCAUUUAUGGACGACAAUAAUGGCAGGAUCUCAGGGAAGUUUACUAUGUGAUGCUUGUAUGAAACAAUCAACAAAUAAACCACUCCUACAUUGCGACAAUUGUGGAGUAUCUGUACAUCAAAAUCAAGGAUGUAAAGAUCAACUAGUGUUAGAAUGUAUUAAAUCAAAACAUCAUUCUAGCAAAGCUGCCAUCAAAACUACUUCAAGCAUAUCCACAACUUCUAGUAGCUAUAAUAUUAAGAGAGGAUCUACCGCAUCAUUACCUCUACCAAUGUCGUCUGGAAGUGGAAGCCAAACAAUAAAUGAGGAAAAAGAUGGAGAUGGGCAGCAUCGUGAUAUAUCCAGUGGAUUGGAAGGAUUCGACCUUGGAGAUGAUACUUAUCAAUUCACAGUAGGUGAUCUUGAAGGUCUGGAUCCUGAAUUAGGCCUACCUAAGGAAGAACCUGACUCCUGGAGCGCUGCUAUUGGACAUAAUGUUGCAUUACGACUAGCUGAUAAUUGUGAACGAAAAGUAAAAAGACAAGAACAUAUUUAUGAAUUUGUACUUACGGAAAAACAUCACUGUUUAGUACUUCUCGCUAUGGAAAGAAUUUUCGCGGAAGGUCUUCGACGGCAUUUUCGUUUGGGUCAACCAGAUCUGGAACGCAUGUUUCCUAGGCUCCGUGAUCUUAUUGAUAUCCAUUUACGGUUUUUACAAAAAUUACGUAAGAGACAAAAUACAAAUCCUGUUGUUCCUACAAUUGCUGAUAUACUAGUGGAUCAAUUCUCUGGAGAGAAUGCACAACGUAUGAAGAGUGCCUAUGGAGAGUUUUGUAGCCGUCAUAGGGAUGCUGUUGAAGCUUACAAGUAUUAUUUGCGUCAUGAUCCUCGAUUUGCACGGUUCGUGCGUCAAUGUCAGUCACAUCCUUUGUUGAAGAAGAAAGGAAUUCCAGAGUGUAUUUUGUUUGUUACGCAACGUUUAACAAAAUACCCGUUGUUAGUUGAACCACUCAUAAAAACAGGUAUUGCUCAAGAAGAAGGUGAAGAUUUACGCAAAGCCUUGAUUCUCGUUAAAGAAAUUUUAGCCGAUGUUGAUGCGUGUGUAGCUGAUAAGGAAAGAGAAGACAGAAAAUUAGAAAUAUAUAAUAAGAUUGAUGCAAAAUCUUUUGCAACAUAUCGUGGUAUCAAGUUCAAAAAGUCAGGUAUCAUGGCAUCUAAUAGAAUUUUAAAAUUCGAAGGUACUGCAUAUUUAAUGCAAGGUCGUGGAAAAAUGACUGCCAUUGUAGUGGUUGUUCUUUCUGACAUAUUAUUUUUCUUGGCUGAAAGAGAUCAGAAGUAUGCAUUUUUUGUGCCUGACAAUAAGGCUGGUAUAGUAUCACUUCAAAAAUUAUUAGUUCGUGAAAAAGCAGGUCAAGAAUCUAGAGGAAUCUAUUUAAUAAGUAGCAAUCCAGCUGAACCUGAAAUGUUCGAGUUAAAAAUUCAAAAACCCAAAGACAAACAAUUAUGGAUACAAGCAAUUAGAUCAGCAGUUGAAGCCUGUCCACAAGAACCUGAGAAUGAAACUGAUAUAUUAACUGAAAACAAUAAUAAUAAUGAAUUAAGAGAUACACGUUCCUCUUCUAUAUCGUUACUUUCUGUUGAAGAAAGACAACGUUUAGUUAAAACUAAGGAAUCACAUGUUCUGAAGAUAGUUGAUGAACUGCAUAAGAAGGACGCAGAACAGGCAUUAUUAUUAGAAGAAAAAAUCAAUUUACAAAUGCAACUUCUACAAGCUGCAAACAUUUGGAGUGGAAAUGAAAGUAGUGAUAAUGAAAGAAUAGAAAAAGUUGAUAAAGAAAUUCUAGAUUAUACUAGAUUAGUCCACAAUGAAAGAACAGAUACCACACAAUUACGACAAGAGGUAGUUGCGGCUAUUCAAGAAGCAACAAAACUUGCUAGUUCAUUAUCGUUUAGUGCGGGUGGUGCUACUCUUUCGAGAAGUUUAAGUUCUGCGGGAGAACGACAUAGUGAGGCCUAUGUUCCAUCUGCUCUUUGUGUUCCUCGAAGAGCUGAAACAUUUGCGGGUUUCGAUCACAAUAAAGAAAAGUAUCCAUUACGAGAAUUUGCAAUUCAUUCUGUAAUCUCUCUUCCAAAAGUUAGUGAAUUUAUGAAGGAAAGUCCAGAGGAAAAAGGAAGUCAAGAUAUAGAAAUAAAUAAAGAUCAGCAGUGGGCAGCGAUUCGUUUAUCUCACCAUGUUUAUAGGUUGGUCUGUAUAAUUAGUAAUCAAAUGACAACAGUCGAUAGUCUACAGGCUCAAUUAGCUGCAUGUAAAGAAGGAAGUAUGGGUAAAUCAAAUAAUAGACCUAAUCCAAAUCGUCAGUUAGAAGAAUUACGUAAUUUACAAGAUCAGUUAAGUCGAGAGAAAGCAGCAUUUCGUGUCGCGUCUCAACAAGAACAAAAACAACUAGAAGACGAACGAGCUGAAUUGGCGAGACAACGAGAACAACUAGCAGCAGAACAAAGAGAUGUUACACAGCAACGAGAUCAAUUAUAUCGACGACUUGAGGCUCUGGAACGACAAGGGGUAACAUUAGUUACAGGCUCUGCACCUAGUUCUACAACUAUUCAUUUAUCUCAUUUGACACAAGGAAAUGAUACUGUGCAAACACGAAAAUCACAGCCAGAUACUAAACGAAUACCGUUAAAUUUAAUUAGUGCAACUAAUCAGCAAAAAGUGCAAAGUAAUCUUCCAGUUAAACAACAAUUGCCUUUAAAACUCGCUAGUGGAAGCAACAAUAAUACUAGAAGUGGAAAUACGAGUAACAACAGCCCGGAUCGACAUUCACGAACAGGAAGUAGCCCAGCAAUUGUAACUGGAUCUACAUAUUCUUCGCCAGAAUUAGGGAAUAAUCAUGCUGGUACAAGUCAAACUCAUUCCUCAAAUCGUUCACUUCGAAUUACACGAUCACCUCCAGAAUAUUCACAUCAGCAACAGCAUCAACGAACAGAACAGCAACAACCUUUAGAAGAGGAGGUAAUCUUUUUCUGACGUCUCUUUCGUUUUGGUCGAAAACAUUCUCGAUCUUCUCGCCCUACAACUGGUGAAGCUACCCCGACUUCUACAUUAACUCCUUCCCGAAGCCAAUCAAAAGAUGCUCAACCUAGAAGUCGUGUAAAAUCAUUUUGACUUUCAACAUUUUCUCGGUAAAAAUUUUGUAUUAUUUCCAUCUUCUUCGUGAUUACUAUUACUUUCUAUUUUUCUU